AUGGACUGCUACAGCUUCACCGAUGAAAGCUCUCUCCAAACCGACAUGCAUCUGCCCUUGCUAUCAGACAGUGAGUUGCCCAUUGCAAGUAAUAUCCAGAGACAAGAAUUCAUCCCAGACCCUGAUGAGAUUAUUUAUGCAGGAAUGACAAAUAUAGAACUUGAUUCUAACCUGGAGGCUGCAGAAAUUCCUGGCGAUCCAUUUGCUGACAAUUUAGAUCUCUCCCUGUAUACUGAGUGCAGCCAAUGUGGAAAGUCAUUCAGCAGUGCCAGUGCCCUGAGCAAACACUACCUGACGCAUAGUCACGAACGCCGGCAUGUCUGCAGGAUCUGCAGUAAAGCCUUUAAGAGACAAGACCAUUUAUCUGGGCAUCUGCUAACACACCAAAAAAAUAAACCCUAUGUUUGUAUGGAGCAUGGAUGCGACAAGAGCUAUUGUGACUCAAGAUCCUUGCGUCGUCACUAUGAAGUCCAGCAUGGCUUGUACUGUCAGAGGGAGCCCUUUCCUGACAACAACUCUAAAGAUCUGGAUUCAACAGAGAGCAUGCUGUUCCCACAGGUCGGACAUACUCAGGCCCUUCAAUGUGAUGUGGCAAUGGCACAGAGGCCAACACCACAAAUGGAAUCUCUUCCACAGAGAUCCUCUUUGCCUAAUAGAGAACUGCUGAGACCUCUGAUGAGUAACAUAUGCCAAAAGGUACCAGGUAAAUCCAGUAAGAAUGUGUCAGUCUCUCGAAAGGAACGACAGAAGUUAGAUACCAGUUGCACAGCUCCUCCUAGUCAGGUGGCUAUGAAUUCCUUUUCUGUUCAGAAUUCUUUGAGGAGUAUGGAAGACUAUCUACAGAAAGAACAUUUUCACGAGAGCGUCCAGGGUGAAGAUAUUUACAGUCUGUGCAGCAUUCCACAAGAGGAAGAUGGGCAUUCAUCAGUGCUGUGCAAGGACCUGUUGAGUGGCAACACCACAGGAAAUUUGGAAGAAAAUGGAGAAAAGUUCCGGUGUGAGAGAUGUCAAGGUGUUUUCCAUUUUCUGAAGGGACUAAACUGCCACAGUUGUCCUAGAGAAGGGAUGGGAAAACAGCAUUCACUGGAAGAUGGUGUUAAGCCACAGAAGAAACCGUUAGAGGAACACGUGGCAACGCCUUUGGUGAUCCCAGUCUCUGUACCUGUGAAAGCUGUUGGCCUUGCAAAAGAUAGAAAAGCUGAAGAUUCACCAGUUACACCAAAGAAGUUAGCUGCCACAAGACUGACCUCAAAUGACAGCCCUGUCCAGGUCCUUGAAACUGGCAAACCGGUGAGUGUAAACUGCAGAGGCCCCUCCAAAAAACAGCGGAGAAAGCGAUGUCGUCCAGAGCCGCUGUUUAUCCCAUCCCCAUCUUCCAGUCAGACUGGGGUCCCGCCAGGGAUGGUAUUGUACCAGAGUCACAUGCGUUCUCCGGUUUGCUUAGCUGAUCACCUUUUGGAGAACUUCCAGCCUCCCUCCUACACGCCCCCCCCAAUGCUGAGUCCCAUCCGUCACGGCUCAGGACUUUACUUUAACAGGAUCUGUUCUCAGCCAGGGAGCAGGGCACCAUACAGUGCAUACAUUCCGAAAGGAAUCCCAGGCAGUGUAGUAGAUGGUGUCAAUGGAAUUUGUGGUCUCUCUGUGGUUAAAGACGACUCUAUAAUCACCAUACAACCGCAUAUUAACAUUGGGACACGGUUCCAGGCUGAGAUUCCACUGCUGCAAGACAAGUCAUUAGUUGAAGACAGUGUCCACCAAGCAGACCUGGUCUGGAAACCAUGGGAUGACAUUGAAACCAAUAAAGUCACACAAGCAAGAGUGACAGACCUCUUGAACCUAGCUUGUUCCAGUGUGCUGCCAGGAGGAGGUACCAAUCUGGAACUGGCCCUGCAUUGUCUACAUGACACUCGUGGAGAUAUUUUGGCUGCUUUGGACAUAUUAUUAAUGAAAGGUGCAAGGCAGGAUGCUGCACACCCACCGGGAGAUUAUCACUACACAGGGACUGAGAACUGGACUACAGCAGAGAAAAAGAUGUUCAAUAAGGCAAUUUGCCUUUACAACAAGGAUUUCUUCCUGAUGCAAAAGAUGAUAAAACACAAGACUGUGGCUCAAUGUGUAGAAUAUUACUACACCUGGAAGAAACAACUAAAAUUUGAGUGGAAAAGAACACACCUGCUGGAGGAGGAGAUAAAACAUGAAGCAGACAGUGCCAGAGAUGGAAAAGAAUUUAAAAAGCUGUUAUUCUUGGCUUCACAGAACAUGAGCGUUCCUUCCCAGAGCAGUGCCAACCGGGAAAACCUGAAGAAGAAAGUAGUCCGAGCUAAGUCCAGCGCCUCCCCCUCCAUUCACUGUCAGGCAGGAGUCCAGGACAAGAGCGAGAAAAAACUCAGCAUGGCUAAUUUCCCGUGUAAAGAAUGCACCAAAGUAUUUGCUAAAGUGAAAAGUCGAAACGCUCACAUGAAAUGCCACAGACAACAGGAGGAGCAAGAAAGGCAGGCAGAGAUGAAACGAUCGAGGAUACGCUUUAAGGUUGAGAUAAAGGAGGAACCAGAGGAGACUGUUGUUGUCUUCAACCCAAACAAUCUGCAGAACAUCACCACACCAUAAGGAGCUUACCACCAGCUGCCAGAGGUAGAUGCGAGGCUGUGGAGGGGCGAGCAGCACGGUUGUCUUGAGUUUGGAUUGUACUGAUGGACACUGUGGGCUGAAGACACUCUCUGGGAUAUAAAUAUCUGGUUCCAGGUAUUUUGACUCAAGGUUAGGGAUGAUGUCCAUUGCUGCUCAGUGUUGACUUGUACGGUCUAGACCCUGCACCAAUGGCACACCCCAAUAUAUUCCAAUAAGAGUCUAGAUACCAGGAAUUAAAGCCAAUACUUUACUAUUUUUUAGUCGGGGAUACCAAGCAUAGCCAUAGCAUUCUGGUUUUAACUGGCCAGAAAAUGUCUUUAUAUCUAGUUUUGCAUGUUUUUUUAAACAAGCGUUUUUGACAGAUUGGUCAUAUUUUCAUUGUUUUACCUGUGGGUAAUAAUGAUAAUUGCUGGAGGCAUUCAAUCGAACCAUUUUAUAGAGUGUUUUAAGAUGGAUCUUUGGAGAAAGUUUGAAUUGUUUUAAACAGCAAGUGGACCCUGGCCGGUGUGAGGGUGUACCCCUGCUGUGCCUCCGCAUCUGGUCAACUUUCAGGUCGCUUCUGACAGCAGAUGCUUUUUAACCAAGGACAAUCACUGAGAUUCCUUGGCCAAAUCUCUGUGUUGGGUUUACAGACUAUUUUAAAGUGUUUAAGAGUGGCCCUAGCACUAGGUUUGCAGUUAGGAGAGGGAUGGACUCCUCAAUGUGCAACCAGCUGAAACUAACCUUUUAUACUUGGAGAACAGCACAUGGGCGUGUGCUGCAUAACAGUAAACAAAGUGAAUACAAAACAAAAUCAAAAAGGGGGCAUUUUAUCAAUUGUUUUUACAGUAAGAAAUAUUAAAUAUAACCUUGUGUUUACCUUCACAGAAGUCCAACUGAGCAUUAUGUCCUGUGGUUUUAUUUUUGCCCCUUCUAUUCAAUUCUCUGAGAAACUAGAGAAUUCAACAAUGAUUUACAGAAUAUUUUGUGCUAUUAAGCCUGAUGUCCAUAGGAACUAGCCCCAAGAUGCCCUGGACACAUCCAAAUCAGAACUCUGAAACAUAAGUAAACAACGAAGAAAAUCUGAAAUAAUAUCAGUUCAUGCUGGAAAUACAACCAGUCAGCUUCUGUCCAUUUCUGUUGAUGUGCCUACCUGCAUGACACUAACCCUGUAGGUGUUUAACGAGGCUGUGCAAAUCCAGCAUGAUCUGUAAGUUAUGAUCCUCCAAUCAGACAGUGCAGAUUAGCAUUUCAGUUGUUCACACUGGCUAAAGGUAAGGCCAUAUGAGAUUGGAAAUACAUUUAGGCAUGAGAGCAGCUGUGUGUUCUUUCUCAGACUCGUUUGAUUGUAGCCAUGAUUUGUAGUGAAAUACAAAUGCCUGUUAAACAGCAUGAUAAAAAUCAGUGGGUGCAGCACGUAUCGAAUUCAAUCCAUCUGUUGAACAUAAAGUCUUUGUUCACAAAUUCACCCAAAUUAAUAAAUCUCUGCUGUUGCAUAAAUCCAAACGAUUUCAUAACUCAGAUCUAAAAUUGGAAGCGUUUUAUGCACCAGUCACCUCUUAAUUUUGCAUUUGUACACUGUUGUAUAUUUUGUUUGACUACAAAUCCAAAAGGUAGUUCAUAGGUUUCCAGAAAAUUCCAAUAAGAAUGGAUGUAUUUUUAACUUUUUUUGCCGCUAAGUUCAGCUUUCAUUUGUAUAUCAGUAUUUGUACUACACACACAAUGUGUUUCUACGUUUAUGUUGGAGAAUUGUAAUACAAGGGAGUGGAGGUCCCUCUCUGAUCUGAUUGAUUACCUCAGUUCUGCCUGAAAGCAAUGGUACAAGAGUUAUUCAUAAGCACUAAUGUGCUGCAACUUUACAGAGUUGUGGUUUUGUUUGUGGGUAAAAAGUCUUUUCAACAAUCAUUAGGUGAAAACCCACUGCUGCUGUAAGCACAAAGCCCUGCAGUUAGCUUUCUUUGAAAAUAUCCAGGAUUGUUUGAAUAAAUAUGAUGUUGACUGUUUGAGAGUAUUGUUUGUGUUGUGAUGCAAGUCUGCCUGAGAAUGGGGUGCAACUAAUUUCAAUCCCUGAAGAAAUACACUCAACCAGUUGAGGCAGACACGCCCAGGUGUGGAAAUAAGAUACUGCAAAUGCUCUGAUCCAAUCUCCCUCACAUCUGAUGCCACUUCAGUGGGGCCCAAAGGAGCUUUCACCCAUUAACCAAACUGUAGCCACACUCCUGUCUCUAGCAAAGACUGAAUGGUAAGGUGUGUAGAAGAAACAUCAGCUAUGACCACCUUUC